UUGUACAUAUAUUUUUUCGUACCAAACAUUUCAGCCGAUAAGCGGAGAAUCCUGCAAAAUGGAUAUUCCGGAUGAUGCAAUAGAUUCGGAUCCAGAGGCAACCAAGCCAUCAAAGCAAGUUCAACAUUCGGAGAACUCGCAAACGGGGGCAUCCAUGGUGAACCGGAAAUUUAACUAUAUGGCUGCCGGGUCAGACAUCUCCAAGUUCACGAUGGCCAAUCUGGCGUCUCUGCCAUCCACCUCGUCAGCCGGAGGUGGAACUCCGGCCCCUGAGAAAGCACGAGAAGUGAAGACCGAGUCGCCCAUGGGUAAGUACUCGUCGCGAAUGGUGGAGGAUAUCAUCAACCAGAUCUUUGCGGAGCGCCGUGGCGACUUUCCCGAGACCUCUUCCUCCUGCCACGUAAACGCCAUGAAGUUCCGGCAGGCCGAAUGCGAACCACACAUUGACAAACGGCUCCGAUAUUGGAAGGAGGUGUUGCUGGAGCGGAAGAAGAUGCAACUGCGCGUGCAGCAGAGGACAGGCAAGAUGGCCAGUGAGGUGCUGUUCAACCGGCGCGCCACCCUGGAACAUCGUGAUGAGCAGACGGUCAAGCGGGUGCUGGAUUACGCGGACCGCAUGGAACCCGAAAAGAUAGAGGCGCCUCCAGUCGCCAAGCUGGCCGAUUUGCAGGAUCCGUGCACCUGCGAGAUAACGCUCGGCGUGGCGGCCACCAAACCAAAGCCGGAGAUGGUUGGCUACAAGAACGUCGAGAUCAUUGGGCUGCCCAAUGUAACCAAGCGGGAGCUUCUGGGCAGGGAGGCCUUGGAACAAAAAGCUCCCCCCGGAUGGCUACAAUCGGAGUUCCUCGACGAGCGUCUUCAGGGUCGCUUCUAUGCCAUUCAGAAUGUGCUCGAGUUUUUUCCAGACCUGGACAACUUGCAGGUCACCGGUACUAAUGUCUCCAAACUCAUAACUGCUCCCCGUACAACUCUAGUAGGAGAAGAGUCUCUCCACACUAUCACCAACACUGAAAGUCCUCCGAUCUGUUCCGAGGAGUGCACCUACGGGUCCCUCGAGAAUACCGAGGAGUACUCGACGGAGACUGUCGUUUGUGCCCCGGUAAUCCCGGAACUGGGGCUGCAGGUCAAUGGAGUGGACUACCUGUCGGGUGACUCCGCCACCGGCGGCAUCAACGAGUGCUACGAAAUCGUGACCCGCUUCUCCUGCGACCCUUUUCGGCGGCAAAAAAAAGCUGUCUUGCAAUUGACCAACAUCGGGCAGCAGACCCUGACCUUCUCCUGGAAGCAAAGCACCUACUUUUACAACCGUGGAUCCUUGCUACUGGCCCGCGAUAACGAGUUCCUGUUCGACCUGGAAGGCUUCCGACUUGCCUAUGGGGAGUCCCGCAGCUUGGUGGUCCUCUACCAGCCACGCAAGGUUGGCAUGGCCGUGGAGCUGUGGCUGCUGCACGUCGAGCCCCGAAUCUUCUGCAGCCGGCAAGAGUCGCUGCUGCUGCGUUUCCACGGACGCUGCACUCCUCCGGCAGACUACAUGGCCAAGCUGCUGGAGGCCCAAUGUGCCUGCGUGUGCAAGUCAGAUGCCGUGGCCGUCGACCAGCUGACCAUGCACCUCAGCAAGCUGGUGCCCCUGGUGGUGGCUCCACCCGCCUGCUGCCCUUAUGAGCGACCCUUGGACGAUCGAGAGGCGUUCAACAGCCUCAAUCCGGGCUACAAUUGCACCCGGUUCGAUGACCUGGAGAUGCUCCGGAAAUUCCACAUGCGCCUCAAGAAGCCGCGUGAGCCCUUGUGGGAUUUUAGACUGACCACCAUCAAGGAGUACGUCCUGCGGGUGGAAGGUGUGGUGGAACGAGAGAAACUGUUUGCGGAGUUUACGGAGUACCUAGCUCCGCUGCUCGGACCCGCCGACUCCCUGGACACGACCUCCCAGCGAGUGGAAGAGAAGCAGCGCUCCCGGUUCAUCUACGUGCGUGGCGUUAUCUGCAACGGUAUUGCCGAGUGGGAGGAGUUAAUGUUCAACGUGGAGGACUCCUUCUUCAAGCCGGAGCUGCAGAGAUUCUACGCCAGCCUGCUGGGAGACUCUGAGGAAGAGGAAGGCGGCGAUGAGGACAACAACGAGCAGCCUCGCCCAGCCCCAAUUACGGCCAUCGACCGGGAGAAGCUGCUCGAGAUCAUUGGCGAAGCGGACUUGGACGAGACGAAGAUCCGGGCGGCGGUGAUGCGCAAGUUGUACCACUCCAAGUACUUCCGGGACUCACUCUACAUCCAGACCUACUCGCAUCUGUGCAACAUGGCCGAGGACAUAGUCUCAGUGAUUGAGAGCACGGAAGUGGUGCCUUCCUAGGACACACCAUACUUUAUUUCUUGAACAUAAAAGCAACUGCUUGUUUGGCAACUUU